AUGAGCUCUAAAUUUGCCAAACGCAGAAUGCCCCGCAAGAUUGGCGGGGAUGAUGAAGAAGACGAUGCUGGUGUGCCUGAACCCAUUGUCAAACGCCCAACUAGCUCCAAGCUGAAAGCGAAGCCAAAGUCAAAAUUGAACCUGUCAUUUGGUCCCGGCGAGACGUCGAUGAACGAUGAUGGAGACGAAGACAGCGAAGUCAUCAUUCCCAAACGACACGGCCUGGGGCGCACGGCUGUUGAAAAGAGAGCCAGCCAGCGUUUUCCAGGACUAUCUGAAACCCUUUCUGCGCGAGUCAACCACGAGCAAGAUCGGCCAAGCUACAACAAUGACUACUUAAAAGAACUUCGCGACUCCACCCCCUCAACACCCAAAACCAAUACCGAUGACGAGACAAGCAAAACUGUGGACGUCGCAGCCAAAUUUGGGGAGAUUAUGACAGUCUCAGGUCAAUCACACAUUCCCAGCGAAGCAGAGAUCCGCGAGAAGAAAGCCAGACGCGCCCGUCUGGCCUUGGAGCACGGCGUCGAGGACGAUGGAUACAUUGCACUAGACGACAACGAUGCCACGCAUGUUGAUGAUUGGGAUGCCGUGGCAAGGGGCGAAAAGGAAAUGGAAGAUACACGACUGACCCGGGAUGAUGAGGACUUUGCGGAAGGUUUCGAAGAAUACGUAGAAGACGGCAAGAUCUCCCUCGGGCGGAGGGCCGAGCGUGAGAAGAAGCGGAAAGAUCGUGAAGCCAUGCGCGAACUUAUCGAUGACGCCGAGGGCAUCUCCGACGAGAAUGAUUCAGACCUGGAAGAGAAAGCUGCCUAUGAGGCUGCACAGACGAAAGCUGCAAUGGGUCGUGGCAAAUCAGAUGGUUUCGAUAGACCGAAGACGCCUCCUAAAGUGACUUCCCUCCCGCGCUUAGCUAACAGCUUCGAACGCUUACGCAUGUCCCUGGCCUCUAUGGAAGUGGCGAAAACGCAAAUGAUCAGCCGGAUGGAGGAGCUGAGGAAGGAGAAAGCUGACAUCGCGGUUCGUGAGGUGGAAGUUCAAAAGAUGAUCAAGGAGGCUGGUGACAAUUAUGAGCGAUUGAAGAAAGAAGCUGGUGCCAAGCCUAACGCAGAUGCUACCAAUGGAGCCCUUGAAAAGUCAAGAGGGUUGGAAAGUAUUGGUGCGCCCGUGCCCCGGUCCAACUCUUCGGAAGAAUCUUCAGACUCAAGUUUUGAAGACGAUGAUGAAGAGUCUUAA